AUGCCGACGACGGGAGAAUUUAUGUUCGGCUUUCUCGGCAUUCUGCGCCUCCAACUCAUCUCCGUCUCCGACAUUCUCAGCAUUCUUUAUUGUGUAUCAUUAGUAGUCUCUGCACACCAGGUUCUUGAGCAAUGGGCCAAAAGUGGUGGCAUUAGUUACAAUGAUUAUGCUGAGCUUUGUGCUAAAAAAGAGGCUGUCUCCGAGUUAGGAAAAGAGGCAAAGUUAGACAUGUUUGAGCUUCCUGCAAAGAUAAAGCUGCUGCCAGAUCCAUGGACACCUGAAUCCGGAUUAGUGAUAGCCGCACUCAAGUUAAAAAGGGAACAAUUGAAGGCCAAAUUUAAGGAUGAUUUACAAAAGCUAUACGAGUGA